UGUGGUGUUGGGACGGGGAGUGAAGAUACGCAGCAACAAAUUAUCCGAGAAACUUUCCAUUUAGUAUCAAAACGAGAUGAAAAUGUCUGUAAUUUCCUAGAAGGAGGAUUAUUAAUAGGUGGAUCUGAUAACAAAUUAAUUUACCGACACUAUGCUACCUUGUAUUUUGUCUUCUGUGUUGAUUCUUCAGAAAGUGAGCUUGGCAUUUUAGACCUCAUACAAGUAUUUGUGGAAACACUAGACAAAUGUUUUGAAAAUGUCUGUGAACUGGAUUUAAUUUUCCAUGUAGACAAGGUCCAUAAUAUAUUGGCCGAAAUGGUCAUGGGUGGAAUGGUUUUGGAGACCAACAUGAAUGAAAUUGUCACUCAGAUUGAUGCUCAAAAUAAACUGGAGAAAUCCGAGGCUGGUUUAGCAGGAGCUCCAGCCCGGGCUGUUUCAGCUGUAAAGAAUAUGAAUCUGCCAGAGAUCCCAAGAAAUAUUAAUAUUGGUGACAUCAGUAUAAAAGUGCCAAACCUGCCCUCUUUUAAAUAACAUGGCUACUCCAGGUAAAGCCAAGGAAGAAAUGUAAUAGAGAUUUACUGCAUAAUUGUUUACUAAAUAAACAACAUGUCUAACUUUUGCUAUUUGGAUAAAACUCAAGGUACUGUAUAGGCAUAAUUUGAAAAAUCAGUGUGUGGAGUUGAAUGUUGCUUUUGUCUUGUUUGUGAAAUUAAAAGGAAAUGGGUAGUUCCCGUGUGAUUUCUAAAUUACAUUCCUGUGCCUGUGUAAGGCAUAUCACUGUGUCUAGGCUGCUGCAGUAUUUGGGGAAAGUAUUUAAGAUGUUCUUUACUUUGUAUAACCUAUAAUGCUGAGGUUUUUUGUAUAUUCACUAAGGUCUAUAAUUAGUGCAUUCCUUAACUACUUCUGCUCUUUGUCAUGAUUAUUUAAGACUUAAGUGCAAAUGUUGCAUGAAAACAUUAAAAUCUUCUUUUGUUUAAAUAAAAUCAUAACCAACCGGACUUCUAAAUACCUGUUAGUCUGACAUCUACUCUUUGCAAUAAAUCAUAUUAUUUCCUCUUCAUGGAGCCAAUUGACUAUAUAUAAAUACUGUUGUAGCAAGCAUUAAUGUUGUAGUUUAAUCUCUGAAGGAAUUACACGGGGAUAUUGUGUAACAUAUUGGCUCUUUACAUUCCUAACAAAAGCUGUUCAUUAUUAUUCUGAAGGAAAAACUGCCUUUACUGAAGAUCCGAUGACUCCUGUUUACAUAAAGAUGUUGAGAAGAUACUUACACAAUCUGAUAGAGUUUUGCUGAUGGUCUUACUUUGUUUUAGGAAAAAGGGUCUCUGCAGUUGCUGUGCGUGUUGUGAGAAUGGGCUGAGGAGAUUGGGCAGCUCAGAACUGUAAAUGUGAGUGUAUCAAGUAUUGUAAUAAAGAAAGGCACUCUAGAAAGAUAAAUGGGGAUAAUUUAAUAGCGCCUCUGUGCCUGCUGACAUUUGUGAUUCUCUACCGAGAAUUAGAUUUAUGAGAUCUAGUAUUGUCAAGACCUCAGAAAAUCUAAGUGCUAUCACCUCUGUGUAAGUUGCUCAGCUCUUAAACUCUUCUGUGAUCUGAAAAGAAUAAAGGGGGAUAGUGAUUGGUUUUUAUAAUCAUGCUCUUAAGCUCUGUGUGAUGUACAAGUCUGUUUAAAUGAAUAAUAAAAAUAUCAUUGGGAUAUUUGAGAA